UUCAUUUACACCUGCAAACCACUGACUGAUUCAAGAACACGAUCGCACAGAAGCAACAAAGCAACCAACCACAGCAACCAAGCCACACACCCCUCCCUCACCCCGCAUCUCAGGAAGAUGAGCGACACAAGAGGAAGAAGCGGCAGUGGCACUGCUGUGCCGUCCAAAGCCAUCCCACUGCAGCAGGUGACGCUGUACAAGAACGGCCUGGCCUUUUACGAGCACUCGUGCGCCAUUGAGAACGGACGAAAGACGGUAUACGAUGGCGAGCGCGCUUUCCACAUCACCAUCCCCAAGAAGACUAAGGACGUCGUUGUGGACACGCUCACCGUGUCGUCGACCGCGACCGGGGCGAGCCCACGCGUCAACUUCGACGCCGACCGCGCGGACGAGUUUGUGGAUCGGCAGGAGGAGAGCCAGAAGCGCUUCUUCGACUUCUCCUUCUCCACCUACAUGAGCUUUCUCCGCUCCUGCGUCGGCUCAAGCAUCGAUGUCACGUACGUGUGCACCACCACGCCAACUCGCGCCGCGUCCACGAACGGCCGCCCCACGGGGCCCCACACCACUACAGCGCGUGCCCAGGGCAUCAUCGUCAUGGUGCAAGAGGAGGAGGAGCUGCUUCCCGUCGGCUUUGUCCCCGCAGCGUCCACCGAGCACGGCGGCGAGGCGCCCUCCGUGCCCGUGCCCUUUGCCAACAUCCCCUUUGCCCAGGCCAACGCGCCGCUCUUUGCCCAGAACGCCGAGCCCAUUCAGCAGCAGCAGGAAAUCAUGCAGGAGCAAGCCGUGGAAGAAGAGUACGACAACGACAACGACAAUGUCGGUUCCUUCCACCUCUUUGGACGAGGUGGCUCUUCCGGCCAGGGUGGCAGAGGUGCGGCCUCGCACCGCACCUUGAGCAUCCCGCCCGUGACCAAGGCCAAGGUUCCCGUCGUGUAUUUGACGGAGGGCGGGGCCAUCCUGCGCAUCCCGCUCCGCUCCAUCCAGCAUUUGCAGAUGCAGGACUCCGAGCUGCAGGCGCAGCUCAUCACGGCGCUGGCGCACCGCCGCACGUCCAAGUUCCCGCAGCCCAAGGUUGGCAGUGACACGAGCAUCUCCAUCAUCACCUCGGACCUGCACGCACACGCCAGCACGCCCCACACCAUCACCACGUCGUACGUGAGCGAGAGCGCGCCGUGGACGUGCAGCUACCGGCUGGAGGCGCCGUCUGCAGACACGGUUGUCGUGCACGGCCAGCAGGUCAUGGACAUCAAGCGCGCAAUGCAACCGCACGACGGCGACGAUGACGAUGAUGCCACCGCCAGCAACAGCACCACCGCCACUGCUUCCGACGGCACGGGAGGCACAGCGCAGGUUGGAGGGCAGACCGCCGGUGAGCAGGACCUGGUUGUGCUGCACGUGAUGGCGCGCGUGCAGAACACGAGCGACUACGACUGGAACGACGUUGAGAUCAGCCUUGUUGCCAACGAGCUGCAGCUUGUGGAGGACCCAACGAAGAUUGACACUUCGCGGCCGGAAAAAGCGCAGCGGGCUGUGGAGCGGCUGCAGAACAUGGCCACCAAGAAGGGAUACAGCAGCUCAAGCGCCAUCUUCAUCAAGACGCUCACGGGCAAGACCGUCUCACUCGACGUGUCCUUCCGCGACACAAUUGCAAACCUCAAGUCCAAGAUCCAGGACAAAGAGGGCAUUCCCCCAGACCAGCAGCGCGUAAUCCGGUCUGAGAUUGACGGCAGCAUCCAGAUGAAGAGUUUCCUGCGCGGCUCCCCCGAGAUCAGCAUUGGGCUCAACGAGGACCUCAUGAUCGGCAAGGAGCGCGGACUGUACGGGCUCGUUCUUGACGACUGCAACUUCCACGAGUGCGUCAAACUCGACAGCUUUGAAUCCCAGAAAGUGCUCAAGCUGAACCCGCCCGACGGAGAGUUUUCCCUCAUGAACUACAGAAUCAGCGGCGAAGGCGGAGCGUUUGCGCACGCGCUGCCGUUUCGCGUCGCCGUGGUGCUGGAGGAUGGCUCCGGUCCAGAGAGGAAGGACGUGCUGAUCAAGCUUGAGUCAGAUCUGCCCCGCAAAAACUUUGGAUCCAACGUUGUCGUCAAAGGAACAUUGCCCAAGGGCACGGUUGGCUGUGGGCACGAAUUUGGCACAUCGGGACACAAGUUUACCUUUAACAAGGAAGACAAGACGUUCUCGUGGACAGUGCCCAAGAUCGUUGGCGGUGCCUCGUGCUAUCUACGCCUGCGCCUGUCCCUGAGCGAUGGCCAGACGAACCUCGCCCGCGAACUCGGUCCCAUCAGCGUGGAGUUUGAGGUGCCCAUGUACGUGUGCUCCGGCAUCAACCUCCGCUUCCUGCGUGUCACGGAACGCGGUCGCGCAUACACCCCAUUCCGCUGGGUCCGCUACAUCACAUUCAGCGACUCGUACGUGUUUCGGCAGUCGUAGCUUGUCCUUGCCACACUUCCUGAACGGGCAACCAGCAGCAGCUAAGCCCCACCCCACCCACACCCCCCCCCCCACACGCACACACGCUUCCGUGCAUAUUCGCAUGCCCUGCUGUUCUGUUUCUUUGUUCUCUUUUCCAUUACUUUCUUUCUCUUUUUGCCUGAGUUCGCAUCUCAAAGUAACAUACAUAGCCGUGCAACAGCCAGUCACAAUACCGCUCUUCUUUGAAAGGGAGGCUUGCUUUGUCUCCCCACUUUGAUCUCGCUUGC